GCUUUUGUGAAUCUUUCGACAAGAGGUCUCAUUUCAGUUCUCAAAAUUCGCCCCAAAAUUUGAACGUAAACUCUUCGGCUAAAGUUGAACAAAACUAUAAAAUGACUGAAAACAAGGCGUCCUCGUCCCGAGGCCAUCAGUCGGGAAUGCAGUUCAGCACCGCCAUAGGAACGCCGGAAACCAAGCGCAAGAUGCUCCUCUAUAGACGUCUAUUGAGCCGCGAGUUGGCCCGCGAUGGAAAAAAUCCUGAGGAAAUCGUACGGGCGAGAAAUCGGAGGCUGCGGGAGCAGGACCAAGGAAGGUUUUCAAAGUCCUAAAUAUAUACAUGCUAAAUAUUUCCCUGGCACAAGAGUUUACGUUUGCGCAUUCAAGAAAAAGUCUUGUUUAUUUCGGUCUGAUUUAGAAAAAAUUUAAAUUUAUUGGUACCUUUAAUAAAAAAUUAUUUUCCGUAA